AUGGCUACACAGCUGUGGAAAGCAGCGUUCCUCCGCGAGGCGUCGUAUGAGCGCUCUGACCUCCGCCUGGCGGAGCACCUCGAGGCCAAGCGGCGUGAAUGGCUCCGCAACCGGUUGGAGAAGGCGAACCGCGGCAUGGACACCGACACGGCUCCGCCUCAUAGUUCUUCCGAGUCUGAGUGGGAGACUACCGGUGACAACGACGACGACGACGAUGACGACGGCACAGCCUCAUGGGCGUCGGCAGAUGCGCUGGCCAACGUCUCGGCGGAGGACGUCGCUGCCGAGUGGCGCCUUCAGUCUCUCAAGCGGCGGCGCGCCGUAUUCACCGGCCCCAUGACCGUCCGGUGGACUCCGCAUACCUUCGACGAUGGAUCAUUGCAGCUGAGCGGUUGGGAUGACUUCCACGACCGCGUCAUUAUGCUCCAGCCGCCCCCUGGCCCUGGGUUCGACCAAGCCUCAGACUUCCCGGAACGCGAGUGGUCCAUGGUGUCGUUUGACCGCCGGUCCCUCAAGCUCAGCAACCGGGACUACAUUGGCGUGCCCCUCCCCGACGCAGUGAUCUACCGGUUGGUGAUGGACCAUAACGUCGGCCUCCAAAUCCUCCGCUAUCGCCACAUACACAACGGGAGCACGAGGAUGCAGUGGGUCGAACUGUGGUUCCUCCUCGACGAAAUCGGCCGCUCCGCCGUCGACAUCAAGCACCCGGAAAUCGGCCUCAUCCCCGCUGGCUCUCUAGUACACACGCAGGACAACGAGCUCAUAAAAGGUUUUUGGUGCAUCGCUGCCAUCAACGUCGACGAUGAGGACGGCGAUCCGGCACAGGUCGCUACCGUCACUAGGCGGUUCACGGACGGAAGUAUCGGGCUGUGGGUGCGUGUUGGAACACAAAUUCAUCCUGUGGGACGGACGGGAGGGCUCGAACUGCCAAAUCUACCUAUGGUAAGCGGCUUCAUUAUUCUCAACGAUGGCUUGAUGGCUUUUUAG